UAGAGUUUAUGAUGAUAUGAGGAAGAAAGAUAGAUAUAGUCCUAAUAUUUACUGAUAAUUAUAGACCAUAUAUGGACAUACAACUUGAAGAUAAAGUACCCAAAAUAUUUAUAAAUACGGAAAUAGUGAUCGCGAUCACAAGCAGCAGCUGAAAAUUCAGUCGCGUUACAGCAUCCGUGCGAGCAAAGCAAUAUUCGGUGUAAAAGUUGUAAAGAAUCGAUCUGACAACUGGUUAACCUCAAAUUCCAAAAACGUCACCAUUCAAAAACAAGUCCAUUACUCACUUCAGUGAAUCAUACGCGUCGGCAAAUCGAAAUUGUUUAAUGAAAAUAAUUAAACACAAACUUUAGUGCCACAAUAAUCAUUCAAGGCGUCAAGUGCUAGUGACAAAAAUUUCAGUAAAGAACAUAGGACGUUACUGAAACAAAUAGAAACAUGAGCGUUUCAGCCUAUACCGAUAUCGUUAAUGGCCCAGUUGCCCAGUAUCUCCAAAUUUCUGCGAAGAUCGGAGGAGAUGUCGCCGAACAUUCGAAAUUGGUAAGGGAUGUUUUUAACUCCCAAUUGCAAUAUAUUCAACUAGCCAGUGAAUCGGCCCAACCCUCCCAAAAUGAGAUCAUCAGUUUCCUGAAACCUACAAGUGAUAAGAUAAGUGCAAUCCAAAACUAUCGUGAAAAGCACCGGUCGUCGCCCUUUUUCAAUCAUUUGUCUGCUAUUAGUGAGGGCAUCUCUGCAUUAGGAUGGGUUACCAUCGCCACUGCUCCUGCCCCGUAUGUAAAAGAAAUGAAUGAUGCCAGCCAGUUCUAUACAAAUCGGGUCUUGAAGGAAUGGAAGGAAAAAGACAAAAAGCACGCUGAAUGGGUUAAGGCCUGGGUUGAAAUUCUAAAUGAUCUUUAUUCAUUUGUUAAACAGCAUCAUACAACUGGCUUGAUAUGGGCAGGUAAAAGGCCUGCCACUGCAAAAGGAGUUCCGCCGCCACCUCCUGGGUGCCCACCUCCUCCCCCUGUGCUCGAUUUUGCUGAUGUUGAUGUAGGUGGAGCGGGUGAUGCUGAUCGCUCUGCGCUAUUCGCUGAAAUUAACAAGGGCCAAGAUAUCACUAAAGGUCUAAAGAAAGUCACUGCUGAUAUGCAGACCCACAAAAAUUCGGCAUUGAGACAGGGGCCAGCCCCCUUUAAGCCGACCGUGCAGAAACCGGUGACCCCUGUUAAGCCAGCACAGAUCGACAAACCUCCGAGCUUCGUCAGAGAUGGGAAGAAAUGGCUUAUUGAGUACCAGAGGGGCAAUCAGAAUCUGUUGGUAGAAAAUGCGGAGAUGAACAAUGUGGUUUACUUGUUCAGAUGUGAAAAUUCGACCGUAACGAUCAAGGGAAAAAUCAAUUCAGUCGUUUUGGAUUCGUGUAAGAAAACUUCCGUCGUGUUUGAUUCCGUUGUGUCCGCAAUGGAAUUUAUCAACUGCCAGUCCGUACAGAUGCAGGUUAUGGGCAAGGUUCCAACUAUUUCCAUCGAUAAAACGGACGGCUGCCAAGUCUAUUUAAGCAAAGAUUCAUUAGAUGUGGAAAUAAUCAGUUCAAAAUCGUCCGAGAUGAACGUACUGAUUCCUAAAGGAGACGGGGACUACACGGAGAUUCCUAUUCCGGAGCAAUUCAGGACUAGAGUUAAAGAUAAUAAAACUCUUUUCACUGAAAUCGUCGAGAACAAAGGUUAAACUGCCAAUACGUUUUAUUAAAUAAAUAAAUAUGUUGCAUUUACUUCUAACAAAUUUUAUUUAUAUUUAGGGAAAUUAGAGUUAAAAAAAAUAAAGUAUUAGUAGGUUUCUAUAUAAGCAUAAUAUAGUUUUCAGAUAUUUAGCCUUUUUUAUUUACACGUUUAGGUAAUUAAAAGUCGAUAUAGUUUGCGUAAAUAAAAUUUGUUAGUAAUAAAUUUCCUAUUAGGCUAAUACUAACCUUACGUGAUUUCAUAGUUUGUAAAUUCAUACUUUGAAUAAUAAAUUACAGCCGUCGUAAAUGCUACUUUUUAUCGGUCAUCGGUUGUGGAUUUCAUAUCAGUGCAUUUAAGUCUUCUCCGCAUUUUGUAAUGUGUAAUUGAUUUUAUACUAUUUAUUACAUAUGUAAUCAUGCUUGAACAAUAUAUAUCUAAAACGAU